AUGCAUAGCGCUCCUUAUGCUAGUCGUUUAGUAGCAACUGCAGAACAGCUCAUUGAGGCUUGGACAAUAUAUUGUAAACUACUGAAAUAACGUAUCUUUUAAAAUAGGAUGGUUGAUACUAUUUAACGUCGGCUCACGCUUAAGGAAUUAACGAUUUUUGUCUUAAUGCCGCGUGUUGUAGUUAGCUUUCUUUAGCUAGCUGUAGCGCUAGCCUGUCAAUUUGGCUUUGUCUUGUGUUGUGUUAUGAAAAGUUAGUAGUUCCGGGUUUUUCUUUUUUUUACUGAAUCUGUCUUAAACGUUUGGGUCUGGCAAUAUGGUUCAACCACAAGAGCUUCAAGAUGGACAGCUUCACCAUUGUCUGCUUUUCUCUGGAUCAAGCUUGAGGUAAAGACAAGAUAACAUCAUCACAAUGGCCUCUGCUGAUGGGGCACUUUCAGUCCACAGCGAAGAUGACAAGGACGCUGGUGCCUGUAAAUUGAAUGCGUCCAGCCAAGUAAGAGAUGGAGAAACGUCACAAAAAAAUUCUACUUUGAAUAGGAACUCUAGUCAGCCUCAAAAGGCUAAAAUGAAGAAGAAGGCCAGAGUGAACAGGGUGGCUCAGCCCAACUACACUGUCCACGAGGGUGAGGACAUGCUCUUAGUGAUAUCCAGCAGCACCGCUCAAUAUGACGGCUCUGCCUGGGCCCCCAAGAGGAAGGGAUGCAAAAAGAGGAAGGUGACUAAAGGAAAAGGGAAAAGCAUUCCAACUAAGAGAAAAAAGUUGAUGAGUGCACCGGUUGUCAAGCAAAAAGAGGAGAUCCCUGAGUUUGUACUGGAGGCACCAAGUGACCACAGUUGGGGGCAAAUGCUUCCAGAGGAGGUGCUGGUCAAUAUUUUCAAGAUGGUGGUUACCCAAGAUGGCGCUGUGCCAUUUCUGUGCAGGGUAGGGAGAGUCUGUCGCCUGUGGAACGUUGCCGCCUCCAGCCCCAUCCUGUGGCGAAAGGUCUCACUCGGCCACUGCUGGAUCACAACGGGGAAGACUCAGCUCCCGAAAACCGAGAGCAAAAUCAAGUACACGAUAGACUGGCUGGCACAGAAGAGAUUCUCACAACUGCGAGAGUUCUCCCUCCAUCACUGGACCAAGAAUGUCAACUAUGCAGUAGAUGUCGUGUCCAAGUUCUGCCCUCAUCUUGGUGCCCUCACACUCUCCUACUGCUCGGGCCUGACGGAGGUGGGCUUCCAAAGCCUCGGCCUGCACAGCCGCUCUCUGCAGAGCUUAAACCUCCAGUACACAGAGUUUCAGGUGGAGGGUCUUCUGAGUUACCUGGAACUCUACGGAUGUCAGAUAAGACAGAUUUGGUUCACUCACGGCCUGAAGAAUGACCGACUGUUGACUGCCAUCUCUAGGGGAUGCUGUCGUGAUCUGGAGUUGUUGGAGGUCAACACGAAGCUGGACAGUAAAGAUGGCGAACUUCCCAUUUGCAUCCAGGCGCUACAGACUGCAUGCCCCAAACUUAAGACUUUCCGGAUGCUGAACGUCCGACCUCUGCACAAGACCAUGCGUAGCGGCACCGAAUUGUCAUUGGGCUUCCCCUCACUGGAGGAGCUCUGUAUUGCCACCACAUCUUACUCCUACAUGAACGACAAAGACUUGUGGGACAUUCUGUUUGCCUCCACCCAGCUGCGAGUGCUGGACCUGCGCGGCUGCUCGCGAAUCACGUCGGCUGGUCUUGCGGCUUUGCCCUGUCAUGAGCUGGAAUGUCUGUUCUGGGGACAAUAUUUCAGCAGCCACGGUGGUUCGUCGUCCCUGAAGAAGGGCCUCCACAUGGUGACGCAGAAGUGGAACCAGACACUGCAACAGCUGGACAUCGCCAAUCAGCUCUUCUCAGAGGAGGACCUGGAGGUCGCCAUGUCCCACCUUGCUCGAGCCACUGAAGGCAACACUCUGCGUUCACUCAACCUGAGCGGGACCAGGAUCACGACAUGUGCCCUCAGACCACUCAUCAGCCAAACAACGGCACUCAACUAUCUCAAUCUGUCUUCCUGUCGAUAUCUUCCAAGAGGACUGAAGAGGAUUUAUCGUGGACAAGAAGACAUUCGACAGUUGCUGGACAAGUUGGAGUAGUGUGUAAAUGAUAAUGGUGUACAAUAACAGUCUGUCCAGAUGGAAAUAUUGCUAUUGUUACAGGGAAAUAACAAUAAAUCUAUA